CGUCGUUAAAUUUUGAUACAAUGUCCAAGCGUCCAUCUGAUGACGAAAUUCUCGCCAAAUAUUUAAUCGAAAAAAUUAAAAGCGACAUGCAAGCGGACAUGGCAAGGCGUAACGAAAACGUUCAGCCCUUAACUGUGGUUGAGACAAGCCUGGAAGAAAGAGAUGAAUUACUUUCCCCGACAUUGAAUACUUCAAGGUCUCGAAACGAUGGAGAGAGGUCUCAAAAAAAAGGAAAUUUAAAGAAAGAUAUACUCAACAUACUGCCGAGAGCUCAUUCAGAUGAAAAUGGUUGCAAAACGGGGGAAGACAUAACAGAAGAAUUGGCCGAAAGCUGGAAUUAUUUGCUUGCCAACGGCUUAGACAUGUCAGAUAAGAAGGGGCUCGAAGCGAAACAUCUUAUUCCAAAAAAUUGCCCAAUGAUUAAUGCGCCAGAGAUCAAUCCGCUACUGAAGAAUGAACUGGUUGAAAGUGUUUUGAAAAAGGAUGUCGAGAUGCAAAAUAAGCAAAAGCAGAUUGCCCUGAGUUUGACGUGUGUGAGUAAAGCGCUCAGUAAACUAAUUGAGAGAGAUGGUGACCAAGACAUAAUAGAAGAUUUGGUGGACGCUGGCAAAUUGCUAUGUGAUUUUCAAUACUACGAGUCGGUUGCUAGAAGGAAUGCCAUUGUGGUCAAAUUUAACAAGGAUUUGAGGGGCCAGCUGCUUGAAAAUAAAGUUGAUACAUUACUGUUCGGUGAUAAGUGGAAGAAGGGUCUGUUGAAGCAGUUUGAGGAUGCGGCGAUGAAGAAGCAAAUGGAUCUUCAGAUGCAAUCUAUUCUGUUGAAUCAAAGUUCCUGUUCUAACGUCGACUUAGAUUAAUAUUAAGUUUGGUCAACUUUAACAUUUUAAAGGUUGGCCAUAAUAAAUUGGCGAUAACUAUGUUAGCUUUGCGUGUUUUUAGCCCGGCCGCACAUUGUCCGAAUUCUGAUCAGAAACAGUUGAA